CCACAUUCAGAGUCCUUUCCACACACACUUUGCCCCCGACAUGACUCGCCUCACCAUGAAGUGGGCAAGCGUGGCCGUGCUAGUGCUGACUGUUAUUGCUGCUGCGGGAAUGGCCCGUGCUGCAGAGACGACGACGACGACGACGAAUCCAGGACUCGGACUCGGCCGCAAGCAAUCGGAGCUGCCGGCCUUCCGCGAGUUCCUGGCGCGAGGUGGCGCUGAGAUGCACGGCGUCGACAUCCAGGAGCACGUCGACGCUGAUGGCCGUCCCGGAGUCGCCGGACGGGGCGUCUUUGCCCUGCGCGACCUGGCUGCGGGCGAGACCGUCCUGCGCGUCCCGCUGUCGCUCCUCCUGAACGUCGAGCACGCGAGCGCCAGCCCUCUGGGAGGGAUUCUGGACGACUUUCGUCUGUCGGAUGCCGAGGCCAUGGCAUUCUGGCUCAUCUACGAGCUCACUCGCCCGGAACGAGCGUCGCCGUGGCUCCCGUACCUCGAGUCGCUCCCGGCAAGCAUCAAGCAGCUCACCAUGUUUUACGAUCCGUUUGAAAUGAAGCGCUUGCAAGCGAGUCCCGUUGCCGAGUUUACGAGCCGCCGCACUGUCAAGAUGCGCAACAAGUUUGGCAAGUACCGCGAGCAAAUCUCAAAGCACAGACCAGCGCACCUCGCCGAAAUCGAAUUUCCCGUUGAACUCAUCACUGUCGACGACUUUUUGUGGGCCAUGGCCGUGCAAUUCACUCGCUUGAUUACCGUGCAAGUCAAGCAUCCCGCGGACGGCGAGUGGGAACGGACAAAGUGUCUGGUGCCCUUGGCCGACUUGCUCAACACUGCUCCUGCGGACCAAAUCAACGUCGAGUGUGCCACCAACCUUGACAGCACCCACUUUGAGUGUGCAACGAUUCGUCCUGUUGCUGAGGGCCAAGAGCUACUGACCCCAUACGGUGGCGCCGAGCAACUGUCCAACGGCCAGUUGAUCAUGGACUACGGCGUCACGUUCAGGAAUAAUCCGUCGGAUCUCGUUGCGCUCCCAAUACCAAAAUUGCGCGAGACUGCCGUGGCCUACGACUCCAAGAUGCGUCUCCUGAUGGCCAUGUCGCUGGACCGAUUUGAUCGCCUUCAACUUCCAGUGCUCGACCAUUUCGAAAGCAUCCCCAAAGAGCUGCUUGCUUUUGCACGCGUUUACGUCAGCACCCCGAGCGAUCUGAGUGAUCUGGAGCAUGUGCUCGAGUUAAUGAAAGAGCAUCGCGCGAUCAAUCCGAGCAACGAGCGCCGCGCCCUGGAAUUGCUUCUGCAACUCACGAAUGAAAUGAUUUUGAAGUACAUUACGACAAUCGAGGAAGACGAAACAAUGCUUCGGGAGCUCGAUGCAGAGUCCGUUCCUAAUGCCAAUGCCGUCAACGCUGUCGUCCUGCGGCUCGGCGAAAAGCGCAUUCUCUCGUCCCUAUGGCAGUUGCUGGACAGCGCCAUUGAAGCACUUCCCGAAUCAAAGCAGGCUUUGGAGGAUGUCGAGGAUGACCAGGAGCAAGUUGUGCAUGCGGAAUUGUAAUAAGCACAACGACACAAUAGAUUUCCAAUGUCACCGAUACUUUAUUUGUCAAAAAUGUAGUUGAGCAAGGAUUGGAUAAAAUGCA